UGGCUCAGAUACUUCAGGUGAUUCCCCAGCAACUGUACCUGUUACACCUGAAACCAGUCCUUCUAGCGAAGGUACUCCAGGGCCCACUGAAAGUAACACAGGAGGAACCACUGAUCCUGUUACAUCAGCAAUUACAGGAGUCACAUUACAAACCCAUUUUACUACUGACGCAGUGUCAGAACCAUCAGAGACAUCUGGCACUGGAAUGACAACUGGCUCAGAUACUUCAGGUGAUUCCCCAGCAACUGUACCUAUUACAGCUGAAACCAGUCCCUCUAGCGAAGGUACUGCCGGGCCCACUGAAGGUAACACAGGUGGAACCACUGAAUCUGAUACUUCAGUAAUUACAGGAGUCACAUCACAAACCCAUUUCACUACUGAUGCAGUGUCAGAACCAUCAGAGACAUCCGGCACUGGAAUGACAACUGAUGCAGGUACUUCAGGUGAUUCCCCAGCAACUGUACCUAUUACAGCUGAAACCAGUCCUUCUAGCGAAGGUACUCCAGGGCCCACUGAAGAUAGCACACCAUCCAACACAGAAGAAACAUCUGAUCCUGAUACAUCAGCAAUUACAGGGGCCACGUCACAAACUCUUUUCACUACUAAUGAUGUAACAAGACCAUCAGAGACAUCCGGCACUGAAAUGACAACUGGCUCAGAUACUUCAGGUGAUUCCCCAGCAACUGUACCUUCCGCCUCAACAGUUGAAGGAACCAGUCCUACUAGCGGAGAUGGUACAGGGCCCACAGACAGUAGCACACCCUCCAACACAGAUGGAACCACCAAUCCUGAUACUUCAGCAAUUACAGGAGUCACAUCACAAACCCAUUUCACUACUGAUGCAGUGUCAGGACCAUCGGAGACAUCCGGCACUGGAAUGACAACUGAUGCAGGUACUUCAGGUGAUUCCCCAGCAACUGUACCUGCUACUACAGCUGAAACCAGUCCCUCUAGCGAAGGUACUCCAGGGCCCACUGAAAGUAACACAGGAGGAACCACUGAUCCUGAUACGUCAGCAAUUACAGGAGUCACAUCACAAACCCAUUUCACUACUGAUGCAGUGUCAGGACCAUCAGAGACAUCCGGCACUGGAAUGACAACUGACGCCGGUACUUCAGGUGAUUCCCCAGCAACUGUACCUAUUACAGCUGAAACCAGUCCCUCUACCGAAGGCACUCCUGGGCCCACUGAAAGUAACACAGGUGGAACCACUGAUCCUGAUACGUCAGCAAUUACAGGAAUCACAUCAGAAACCCAUUUCACUACUGAUGCAGUGUCAGAACCAUCAGAGACCGGUGGUACUGGAAUGACAACUGGCUCAGAUACUUCAGGUGAUUCCCCAGCAACUGUACCUAUUACAGCAGAAACCAGUCCUUCUAGCGAAGGUACUCCUGGGCCCACUGAAGGUAGCACACCAUCCAACACAGAAGGCACUGAUCCUGUUACAUCAGCAAUUACAGGAGUCACAUCACAAACCCAUUUCACUACUGAUGCAGUGUCAGGACCAUCAGAAACAGCUCUCACUGGAACGACAACUGAUGCAGGCACUUCAGGUGAUUCCCCAGCAACUGUACCUAUUACAGCUGAAACCAGUCCCUCUACCGAAGGCACUCCCGGGCCCACUGAAAGUAACACAGGUGGAACCACUGAUCCUGAUACUUCAGCAAUUACAGGAGUCACAUCACAAACCCAUUUCACUACUGAUGCAGUGUCAGGACCAUCAGAAACAGCUGGCACUGGAAUGACAACUGGCUCUGAUACUUCAGGUGAUUCCCCAGCAACUGUACCUAUUACACCUGAAACCAGUCCUUCUAGCGAAGGUACUCCAGGGCCCACUGAAAGUAACACAGGUGGAACCACUGAUCCUGUUACAUCAGCAAUUACAGGAGUCACAUCACAAACCCCUUUGACUACUGAUGCAGUUUCAGGACCACCAGAGACAUCCGGAAUUACAACUGAUGACACUGCUACAACAGCUGGCACUGCUGGAACCACUGUUCUUUCACUGUCAACUUCACUGACUGAUCUAACAACAGCUCCAAUAGUUACACAAAAGUUAUGUCAAAAUGGUGGAACUCUCACUGGAAGUGUUUGCGUAUGUCUUCCUCAAUUCACUGGGACUGAAUGUCAAGACUUUGUUGCAGAGACCACACCAGG